GACGUCAAGUCUUCCACGGUGGCUCCUGUUCUUACGUGGCAACGUGUCAAGCACCCGGCGAGAGACACACUGAGCACAAAGCGACAGAAUAUUAAUUAAAUUCAUUAUUACAUUUGCGUUAUUGUUUUGGUUAUCGAUACAGUUCAAGUCCUUCUUUUAAAUCAUCAUGGGGCUCACGAUCUCAUCGCUUUUUGGGAGACUUUUUGGGAAGAAACAGAUGAGAAUACUGAUGGUGGGUUUGGACGCUGCAGGUAAAACGACAAUACUGUACAAACUUAAACUGGGAGAGAUUGUCACCACUAUUCCUACUAUAGGUUUCAAUGUCGAGACUGUUGAAUAUAAGAACAUCUGCUUCACCGUGUGGGAUGUCGGCGGUCAGGACAAGAUCCGUCCUCUCUGGAGACACUAUUUUCAGAACACCCAGGGUUUGAUCUUUGUGGUGGACAGUAAUGACAGAGAGAGAGUGGCAGAGUCUGCAGAGGAGCUUUCGAAAAUGUUACAGGAAGAUGAACUGAGGGACGCCGUGUUGCUGGUUUUCGCUAACAAACAGGAUCUGCCUAACGCCAUGGCUGUCAGUGAGCUCACAGACAAACUGGGUCUGCAGAGUCUACGCAGCAGAACGUGGUAUGUUCAAGCAACCUGUGCUACACAAGGCACUGGACUCUAUGAAGGACUGGACUGGUUAUCAAACGAGCUCUCCAAACACUAGCGGGGAGGAGAGAUGCGUGUGAACUUUAGAAAGGCAGAGGGUGUCAGCUUACAGACUCUGUCCUCAAGUGUGUGUGUGUGUGUGUGUGUGUGUGUGUGUGUUUGGGAUGUACAGGUGUGGAGGAGCUAUCAAGUGUUCAGCAUCACUCUAAUCUAUCUGUCUUUUUCUAUGCUGUAUUCCUUCUAAUGUCCUUUUAAUUUUUUUCCUUUAUAAAUCUUGAUUGUUUUCUAUGACUGUAAGAUCAUGCUUAAAUUGCACGUUUUCUUGAUACUUAUGAGAGCAUUAUGGCACGAGAGAGGAAGUUUGGGUGGGAUUCUCGGUAGAGGGGACCGUAUCACGCAAGUUUGGAGUAGUGUAACUGCUCCCGGUUGCAGUGUCGCCUAACCGGACUCUUCCAAGUUUCGGGACCCGCUGCUCUAUGAACAUUCCCUUUCAUGGCAGGUCAUUUUACUCUAGUGGGUUGUUUUGCAAAGCCUCACUUUAACUUCUGUUUCAAAAGGCUCUUGAAAGGAUAGUUCACGCUGGAAAUGCAAAUUCUGCCAUCGGUUUGUCACCCUCGUGUCGUUCUAAAUCCAGAGUGACCCGUAUGAGUAAAUGAUGACCGAUUUGUUUAUUUAUUUUUGUUUAUUUGGGGCGAGCUAUCCCUUGAAGUCAUUUUGCAAAAGGCUUAUUCCGGGGUCUUUACCACUAACUGAUUGUUUGAGAUGUUUUGUACAUGAAGUAUUGACAGCAAUAUGGAACCAUCCAAUUGACCUCCUGUGUUGUCAAAUGCCUCCAUUGAACUAAAUGACCUAAAUGCUCAACGUACCUUGUUUGAUUUUCUGAGGUUUGAUGGCAUUGCAUGUUUGGGAUUGGACGGGGAUGCACCAUUCCAAAAUCCCAGAAUUCUGGACAAUGCAGCUUCAAUCUGCUCCAUAUGUCUUUUCUUUUCAUACUUGUUAAAAGGAUGGAUGCAUGUUGGCACCUUGGAAACGGUGCAUUGGGUAAGAAGUUUUGUAUGGACACUCCAAUAAGGCCCUUGUUUCUGGUCAGGCUGAGCCAAAAGAGGGUUGUUGUGAUCCACAUUUCCCCAUGCUGGCGUUUGCCCUACCUUUGCUCGAACUGUGCCACCAGGUCCACCCCUUUGAGAGAAUAAAGACUGAUAAAAAUCAAACGGACCACUUGAAUUCUCAAUAUUGAUUUAUUUAUUUGCACAUUGGAUCUGAUCAAUAUAUUGAUUGGGUUCAUUGAUUUUCACUGGUAAGAUUAGUUGCCUUUCAAAAGGGCUUUUCAUGCCCAAAGACCUUAAAGGAAUAUUUCGGGUGUAAUUCAAGUUGAGCUCAAUCUACAGCAUUUGUGGCAUAAUGUUGAUUACCACAAUGGGGCCAAUUUUAGAAGGAUUUAAAGGCAGAAAUGUAAAGCUUAAAAUUGAAUGGAAGUGUUUACAUUAACGUUGGUAUUAUUUGAGCUGUAAAGUUGUUUACAUCGUUUUUACGGUCGUUUUAGGGUUUACCGUGUUAUGCUGUCAUGGCAACAAGUUGGAUAAACUUAGCACAGAAAAGGUUAGUAAGCGAUUUCAUCACACUAAAAGCAUGUUAACAUGCAUAUACUUGUAGCUGUACUUUUGAAAAAGUAUUUUAUUGUUUACUGAUCGUCCCCAUUGACUUCCAUUGUAAGUGUCUCACUGUAACCUCAAUUUUUGCCUUUUCUGAAAGAAAAGAAGGUACGAAUCGAAACCAGUUUUAGUGGUAAUCAACAUAAUGCCACAAAUGCUGUACGAUUGAGCUUAACUUGUAUUGAACCUACAUUAUUUCUUUAUAGGCUUGUUUUAUAUUGCAUGUUUACACUGGGUAAUUGAAUACGGAAAUGGUCUCUUUAAUUGCACCGUAUGUCUGCUAGAUUUUAAUGCCCUCAUCCAAAUAUACUGAUGAAGUAAAAACAAAAUGCAUUUGAAUCCGCUUUUAAUUUGCAUCUUAUGCUGCAAUUACACAUUCAAUACAAAUGUGUUUGAAAUACCAUUACAUUGCUUCACAAAGUGUUGAUUAUUUACAGGUUAUAAAUGGUAAAAAACAUGUCAAAUGCAGGUUUAAAACAAUAACAAAGUUAUUGGAGUUUCAACACAGAUACACACUCACACAGUACAUUCCAGAGCAUCUCAAAAAUUGUUUUAGGUUUUAAGAAAAAAACAUUUUUUGUAAUGUCAUUGAAAUAUGAUGCAACAGAGUCUCACUCAAUGACUGCAGUGAUCACUCUGGCA